AUUUAUGAAAAUGAGUUUCUACGUAACACUUCCGAGCGAUAGCUCUAUGAAUUAUUUCCCCGAAAAUAAAAUUUCACAUUUUAUAACACGUUUACCUGUUCCCAUUGAAUUAAAAGGUAUGUGGGAAGUUGGUUUGGUUGAAUUGCUAUAUCCGCACACAUGGCACAAUGUGAAUGCAGACAAUAACUUAAUUGGAUUUGUUUUAGAGAAAGAUGGUGAAAUGUUAGGUCGUAGAUUACCUCCAGGAUGUUAUGAAACAGUACCUGAUAUUUUAAAAGCUAUUUAUAUUAAAGAACAUCAAAACAAAAUAAUAUUUAAUUAUAACCCAGUAACAAAACGAGUGAAAAUCAAAGUGAAAAAUAACGCUAAAGUGAUUUUACAUGAUGGGUUAGCCCAAAUGUUAGGUUUUGAACCUAUGGAAAUUACAUCUACAGAUGAUAGUUCCGAAACUGUUGUAGAAAGUCCUUUUGCAGCCGACCCCUGUGCACAUUAUCGUGUAUUAAUGAUAUAUACGGAUAUUGUAGAACCUCAAAUCGUAGGAGAUGUUUUAGCUCCUCUUCUUCGAAUUGUAAGAGUAACUGGUAGCGAUGGAGAAGUGGUGAGUGCACUAUUUGAUAGACCUCAUUAUUUACCUGUGAAUCGGAAAAUGAUAGACACUUUGGAAAUCGAUAUAAGAACGCAUAUGGGAGCAUUUACGCCAUUUGAACGAGGAAGGUCAUACGUGAAACUUCAUUGUUAAAUGAUGUAUCACAAGGACAAGAUGUAAAAGAGGCUGCUAAGCGUCGACUGAAAGAAGCCGGAAA